UAGACUUUUUCAAAUGUCAAUACUGACAUCUCAGUAUACUUUGGACGAGAGUUUAUUAUUUGCGAGAGCGCGUCCCUUUUCGUUCGCUUGAAUUUUGUGUCCAGAAAAAUAAAAGAAACUCAAAAAAGAAAAAAUUCCAAUACAGAAAAAAUUAUUUUCCAUAUAUAUAAGUGAUUUUAAUUAAACAAUUAACACAAAUUCAAGACGUCGGGAAAAGAAUUUUAAACAUUUAAAGCUGCUAAAAAGUGAAGAAAACAACUCGGCUUCAUUGUUUGAAAGUUGGUUUUCUUUUUGCAAAUGAAAAAAUUAACAACCAACUUUCUAUACCCAGUGAACAUCUUUUUUCAUUGACGGCUUCCUUUUUUUCCUGUUUGCUAAUGCGGCAUCAAACACACACAAACAAAUCAAAGGAGACGUGAGAAAAUAUAAAAACAGGAAAAUAUACAAAAAUUAAAGUAAAAAAGUAUAAAAAAAGAGAAGCCUCUAGUCGUUGGGGGAAAAGGAGGAGUUUUAAUUGUUAAAAAAAUAUUAUUAUAAAGAAAAAAUAAAUAAACAGGAACUAUUUAUGCCGCUUAGUAUAAAGUGCUUGAGUUUUGUGAAAUCUGUUAAAACCACUUAACACCAUCAUUGAAAAUGUCAUUGGAAGGCGCAAAAUUCAUUUGCCUCGAUGAAGCCGGCAAUCAUGGUGAGAUUGUCUUGGCCAAAGGCCGCAAAUUUACCAUGGGCUAUUAUGUGAGUUGUGAUUUUGUUUUGGUCGACGAACGAGCCAAGGGUGUUCAUUGUGAAAUUGAAUGUGAUGCAUUUGGAAGGGUAACCAUACGUAAUUUAUCACCCGAUAAACCCAUUUUAGUUAAUGGUUCUACAGUUGAAAUCAAACGCAUCUUAUUGAAUAAUUCAAAAUUGUCAAUAUUGGAUAAAGAAUAUUUAUGGCAAUUUCCGAAAAUUUCCAGUAAUGAAUUUGAAGAUUUACCCGUUGAAGCUGCUUCGACACCACAAAAACAAAUCGGUAUACCCGAACAACCGCCAAACUCUUGUCCAGAUUUUAAGCUUCACCGAGAAUUACCCAAAAGAUUUACAGUACACAAUUUCGCCUAUUGUAUACAAUCGGAUGAAGAGGGAAACACAUCAACAGACUCAAAUGAUGAAAACAGUAAUGAAGGCGAAUCAUCAUCACAAACAAAACAAAUUGAAAGUAAAAUUGAAACUGAAAUUAAAGAAAAUCAAAUAACAGACUCUGAAGACACUAAUGCCAAUACACAAGAAAAAGAACCAGAAAUUCGUAAUCGCAGUGUAACACCCGAACCAAAGGAGCAACAAAAUGAAAAAUCUACAAACAGCGCUCUAAUGGAAACACCUAAAAUGAAUUUAAUCAAUUGUACAAAAGAUAAAGAGAAUAAAAGUACACAAAAGAAAAAUAAACAACUACUUACGAUGUGCCAUCAAUCGGAUGUUGUAAUUACUUCAUUUUCACCGCGUGAAACGGGUGUACGUAUUGAAAAAUCAUUUGCGACCGUUAUUAAGCCAAAAGUGCUGGUCACUAAAACUCCCGCAACACCUAAAAGUGUUUAUAGCACACCGAAAAGUGAUUUGAAUGAAAACGACGAUGCCGCGGGAGAUGAAGAUGAAAAAGAACUAAUGACUUUUCAUACGCCUUCGACAUCGAAAAAGUGUAACACAACUACUGCCUCUGCAAAAGUACUUAAGAAUUCCUCUAUGCAUUUAAUCGAUUUAACGACACCGAAUAAAUUAAGACCGGCUAGUCCGUAUUUAAAAUCGGCUUUGAAAGCUUCUGCCAAGAAAAAAAUUCCCAACGUUGAUAAAUCAUGUGGUAAAUUGUCCUCAGAAGAACAAUUGGGUUUAUCAGCGUUGCCUUCUACGCCUGCUUUACAGGAUAAUAGCAAUAGUCCAUUAGAAACGCCUAGUUCUGUUAUAAGUGUCAGCAGUUCCACAGAUACUUCGAGUAUUAUAGAAGUAACGAGUGAUGGUUCGAAUAUUGGUUGUACCCCAGUCACUAGUACUGGUAUGACAACUCCUGUAAAGGCUCAAACUCGAGCGGGAGCCUUUACGCCUAAACGAACACCACAGUCACUGAUGAAACGCGCUCUCAUAACAAGUGCCAAAAAACAAAACACAACACCACAAAGAAAUCUUAACACUGCUGCCACACCGCGCAGAGAAUCCAUAAAUCGUAUACCUUUACGCAGUAAUUUAGCUUUGUUAAGAACUCCAGUUACUCCUCAAGCUUCAGUGGGUGAUAAAAGUACUUCGCAAUUGCCUAGAAGGCAAAGUAUGAGUACUCCUACCCGUAAAAGUAUGCCGGCAAGGAGCCGUUUCGAUAGUUCUCCUUCCACCAGUACUUUAGCAUCACCUUCAAGCUCUAAUAGAAUGGCCUCACGACGCUCUUCUAUUAAUCCCAUUUCAGCAGCAAGAGCAUUACCCACCUCUACACCCGUGUCAGGUUCUAGUAACAAUUCUGCCUUAAGAACACGUGCUGCCUGUAAGACUUCUCCUCUUCAUAAGGUUCGCAAAUCUAUAGGAGGUGUACCAUUAUCUUCCCACAUAUCUAAGGCUCGUAGAUCAAUUGUGCUGCCAGCUUCUACUUCGAAAAUAACAUCGAUUAAGGAAAAAUCACCACAACAAGUAAUGAGCGAUCGUCUUGUUACUAGGGCACGCAAAUCUUUGUGCUUAACUCCCAUAUCAGCAAGAUCACGUAAUAUGGUUACUGCCGCAAAAACACCUCCACAAGCUCCCUCUAGUAUUCUUAAAGCUAAAAGUACUCAAUCAGCCAAAAAACCCGAACGAAAGGCCGUAUUAUUUGCAGAUAAACAACCUACAGUUAGUGGUGAAGUAGAUGAUCUUAGUCGUACUUUUAUAAUUGAUUCUGAUGAGGAAGAAAAUGCAGAGAAUCAAGAGGAUAAUAAGCCGAAAGAUACCACAUUUUCACCAGAAAAAGAAACGAAAGAAACUGACAAGUUGAUGGUAAAAGAAUCAGAAAAGAAACAGGAAACUAUAGAAAUUCCAGUAGAUGUAGAAGAAAUCACCAGUUUAAGUAAAGAUAACAAAGAACUUGAAAAACCCAGCAAUGAAGAACAUUCAGCAACUACUGAAGAGAAGGAAAUAGCUGCUGAAGAAACCGAAAUGGAAAGUACUGAAAAUAAAAAUCCUAUUGCAAAUAUUGAUAAAACAAAAUCUAUUGUAACUGAAGAAAGUUUUGCUGAGAUUAUAAAUGAUUCUCAGGAAAUAGAAGAAGGAGAAAAACUCAUAACUGAAACCGUCGAAAUUACAGAUAGUCCAAAAGAAACUUCACAAACUGAAUCUCAAGAGAGUUUUACAGAUGCUUUAGAAGAAAUUGUGGAAGAAAAUGUUAAAGAAACGGAAAUAAUUGAAAAAGUUACAACAGAAGAACCAGCCCAGACAUUAACUCAGCAAAGCGAGGAAAAAGUUGUUGACACUGGUUUCGGAGAAGAAUCUAUAGUGGAAAUUAUAGAAAACGAAAAUGUACUCGAAGAAAUAGAAGUUAAAAAUGUGGAGAAAUCUACAGAAAAUGAUGAAAAUGAAUUGAAGAAAACAAAUCAGUUUAAUAAUGAAAAUACGAAUGUACAGGAAAAUGAGGAAGUUAAACCUGAAGAAACAAAGUCACUAGAGCUGCAGGAAGUUGAGGAAAAUGUUGAUAAACAAAAAUCCUCUAUAUACAAACCAAUCGUAGAAGAUAUAACCCUGGAAGGUUCUUUAAUCGAAAAAGAAACGAAUGUAAGCAAACAACCUUUAUACGAAGACAUUACUUUGGAGGGAUCUUUAAUCGAAGAAAAGAUUAAAAGUGAAGAAAUUAAAGAUGAAACAAGCAAAGAAUCUAAGGAUUCUAAUAAAAUUUUACAAACUGAUGAAAGUUUGAAGGAGGAAGCAAGGCAAGAUGAUGAACAAAUCGUUAAAAAUAACCAGGAAACAGAAAGUUUUACUCGACAAGAAAGUAAAGAUAUUGAAGAUGAUAAGGAUGUAAUUGGAUUACACGAAGCGCAUAAUAAAGAUAUUGUAGAAGAAAAGCCAACAGCCUCAACAUCUGAAGAUAAAUCUUUAACCUUAAAUAUUGAGAAAACUGAUAAUGAUUUAGAUGAUACAAGUAAAUUAUUAGAAGAAAUCGAAGAUGUUCUUAAUAAAUCUGAUGAAAUAAAACAAAAACAUCUUAUUGAACUGGAAGAAGGUAAACUGGAAAGUGAAAAACCAUUAACCGAAGAAUUUGAAAGUGAAAAACUAACACAAGAGAUAAUAGAAGAAACAGUUGCCACUAGUAACGAAGAAAACAACGAAAUACCGAAACUUUCAAAAGAAACUGAAUCACUGGUUGAUAGUGUUGAGGAUGGUAGUCAAAGUUUAGAAACAGCACAAGAAGAUAAAGAUGUUUGCAAUCAAACUGAAAAUGAAAGUAAACAAGUUACAGAAUCUUUAAUUCAAGUAGAAACGCCUAAAUCUUCCGAAACAAAUAAGACUGAUGAAAUAAAUAAGUUUAGUAACGAAAUCGAAUCUCCAGUAAAUGAUAUUGAUCUUCAAAAUGAAGGCAAUGUUGAAGAUAAAAAAGAAAACAAAAAAGUUUCAGAAUCUUCUAAGGAAGUUUCCGAAAUUGUUCUUCAAAAUGAAGACAAUGUUGAACAUAUAGAAGAAAUCGCAGAAGAUUCGGAAAACAUUGAUACCUCCAAAGAAGACAAUACUUUGGAAGAAGAAAGAGCUCAAGAAGAGUCUGCAAUUAAAGAAACUGAAAACAUUGUUCCAAAAGUUGAAAAAAGUCGUUGCGACGUUGUCAAUGAAAAAGAAGAUCCAUUUUUAAAUGAACAAAAGACUGAGUUGGAUGUUCAAAAUGAGUCUUCUGAAAUCAAUGAAGCUGAUUUACUUCAAAAUAAGCAAACAUCAGAAGAACAAAAUCCAGAUACAACAUCGACAGAAAGUAAAGAUUCCGAACCAUUAAAUAAUGUUUCACUUGAUGAAAAGAUGGAAUUGAGUGUUUCAGAGAAGUCUGAAGCUGAGGAUAUAGAGAUUGCAGUUCGAAAUGAGGAAACGGCUGAAGAACUUGAAUCUAAGGAAAAUGUUAAAAAUGAUGAAAAUGCUGAAGAACUUAAAGAGAACAAAGUAAUUGAAAUUGAAAAAGAAAAUGUAGUGUUCCAACCAGAAGAAAGUUCUCUAAAAGAGAAUAAGAAUGAAAAACAAACAACAGAAAUCAUCUCAAAUGAACAGAAUCUUGAGAAGAAAUCGGCUGGCGCUGAAAUUUUGAUCCAAGAAGAAGAUUGUAAAUCUCCUGAUAUGUGUAAACCGAAGGAAACAGAAACCGCUGACAAAUAUGAAGAGAUGUUAGAAAAUCCAAAAGACAAUGCUUCUGAUGAAUGUGAGGAGUCAAAAUCCUUAGAAAAUAAUGCUCUCCAAAUGGAAGACAAUACUCCCAACAAGGAAAAGACUGAAUCGGAUACUCCAAAUAUGGCUGAUGAAAACAUAAGUAAAAUAAUACAGAAUCAGCAAAAUAUUAAAGAGCAAUCAGAUAAAUCCUCCGUUGAAACCGUUAAAGACACCAUAAGUCAUUCAGAAGCAGAUGUCGAACAAAAGAAAGCCGAUAAUGUUAGCGAUUCAGAACAAGCAAACAAAUCUGAAGAAAUUACUAACGAAACUGAGAAGCCUAAAGAACAUAGUUCGAUUAGCAAUAUUAAAAAGAAAAUUGAAAAUACCUCCAGUCUAACGCCAAGACGCAGUACUAGACGUGCUUCUAUGUCAGCCGAAACAACAACUCAAACAACCACAGCAACAGAGUCAUCAUUUACACCCAGACGCAGUACUAGACGGGCUUCAAUGUCAGCUGAAACUAAUCAAAUAAACACUACUACUGAGUCAUCAUUUACUCCCAGACGCAGUGCUAGACGUGCAUCGAUGUCAGCUGAAACCACUACCACUGCAACACCAACAAAAAGAACCACUAGACGUGCCUCUUUAUCGGUGGUUAGUGAAACUACACCAUUAACACCUAAAACAAUAAGUAAACGUAGAGUUUCUAUAGAUGAUGAAACGAUUAAACCUAGUACAUCAAAAACACCGCGUAAGCUGUUGGAACAACGUAUGGUUAUACCAGAAGAAAUUGAAGAAGUUGUAGAAUCAGUUAUAGGCGAGGAGGAGGAAGAGAAUGUCGAGGAAAAGAAAACUACAAAGAAACGUAGAUCUUCAACUUCUAGUGAAAGCAAGACUUCAAGUGUUAAAACAUCAAUCAAGAAAUUGGAAUCUGAAGAAAUGUCUACACAUGUUGUUCCGGUCAUAAUAGAGGAACAAGAUGAGCCAGCAGAGGUCGCUGUAACUGAGGAGUUAGUUGUGGAAACAAAGCAAAUUGAAAAGAUUGAAAAUCAAGUUGUAGAUGAUGAAAGUUCAAGCAAAGAGGAUCUUGGAAAGCUUACAGAUGUUUCAAAUUUAGCAGAAAAAGAGAAAGUUGUAGUUCAGGCCGAAAUUGAUACAACUGUCUCGGAUGCUACAACUAUACUUGAAACGGCCUCGGAAGAGAAACAUGAUGCUCUUGAGAAUGUUAUAGCAACUGAUAAUCAAAGUUUAAAUGAAAAUGAAGUUGCAGAGUCUAUAGAAAAUGAGAAUGAAACAGCUAAAUCAGAAGUAGAAUCUGUUUCUAAGCAAGAUGAUGAACUAAACACCCAGCAAAAGUCUAAUGAAGAAGUUAUUGAUGCAGAAAGUUCUAACAAAACCGAUGAAGUUGAUAAUGUUCUUGUAAAAGCUGAUGCCACUUUAUUAACUAAAGAACAAGAUAAUUUGGAAAAAGCUAAUAUUGUUCCAGAAGUUAAAGAAAAUCUAGAUUCAUCAGCAGCUGUGGAUUUAAAUACUAGCCAGGCCUCGAUAGAUGAGCAAAGUGAAGAUGAAAUGGAAAAUUUACAAUUUGAAGAUGAUGCAGAGACAACACCUACAAAGGAAUUGAAAACAGAGGUAAAACAACAGGAAAUUUCUACACCUGUAAACAAAAAAUCCGUAAAAAUAUUAGCUGAAACAUCUAAAACCCCCUUAAUGGCGGGUAUGCGUGAUUUAUUAAAAACACCCAAAGCUGAACCGCAAACUCCACGUCUGGCAGGUAUACGUGAUUUGGUACGCACACCCAAUGAGCACAAAGAAAGUGAACAGGAAGAGAUGGAAAAAUUGGCGGUAGUAGCAGAUAUGAUAAAGACACCGAAAGCCUCAAAAGAAACCGUUGAUGUUAUCACACCAGCUAAAACUAUGAAACAGGUAACAAUUAUAGCCAAUUCUCCCAAGACUCCUUUGAUGAGUGGCAUGCGUGAAUUGCUAAAAACACCAAAAGCUGAUAUGAAUACUCCCCAAAUGGUGGGUAUACGUCAUUUAGUUAAAACACCCAAAACUACAAAAGAAAAUGAACAAGAAGAACAGGAAAAAUUGGCAGUGGUAGCGGAAUUAGUAAAAACUCCACAACCUAGCAAAAAUGUAGAAGAAUCUGUAGAGGAACUGCCCACUAGUUCUAGAAAAAAUGUUAAUUUACAAGGCGUUAAAGAAUUGCUUAAAACACCGAAAGGUUGCAGCACACCACGCUUUAAGGGAAUGCGAGAAUUAAUGCAAACACCGAAAGUAACAAACACACCUAUGAUGGGUGGUGUAAAGGAAUUGCUAGACACACCAGCUAAACAAGAACACUUGGAAAGUGAGGUGGCACUAAACUUGGAAGAUAUGCCAGCAACUACAGAUAAAACUGAGACAAAUUGUAUGACACCAUGUGGAGUAAAAGAACUUCUAGAAACCCCCCAACCACAACAGGUAAUAGUACAACAGACGCAGAUAAUUGAAACAGAAGAAAUUCCCAGCACAACUUCAAAAACUGCUCAAAACUUAAAAGGUGUUAAGGAACUUUUGAAAACACCAAAAACCUGUAGUACACCACGCCUUAAGGGAAUACGCGAAUUAAUGCAGACCCCCAAAAUGAGUUCAACACCCAUUAUGGGUGGUAUAAAAGAACUUAUGGAUUCACCAGCUGAAAAACAAAACGAAUUAGAUAAAUUCCUUAGAACACCAACGGCUAAAAAUAUAAUGAUACCUUCAUUGCCUUCCAGUGCCAUUAUAGAGAAAAGUAGUGAUUCUAUAGAAAUUUCCACUGAAUAUGAUUUGAAUGCCACACAUGAUGAUGGCGGUGAAACGGCUAAUUUAGAGGAACUUUUUAAAACUCCCGUAGCUUCACGUUUUGUUGAACGUAUCACUGAUUCUUAUUAUGCAGAAGAAGGUGAUGAACUUGAUGAGACUGUGGAAAAAUUCGAUAAAACUAAAAAUGAAUCUCUAAAUGAGGCUCUCAAUAAAUCAGCGGAAGAGGCUUUCGAUAAAAUGGUGGGCGAAGAAUCCCAAAUCCAAACACCUAUACGUAAAAUCUAUAAACGUAAAUCUUAUGCUUUGCAAACACCACAAGCGCCAUCUCCUUUCUCGGCAGCAGAUGUUUUAUCUGAUUUACCUAAAACAGAUGUAGAAGAAUGGAUUGAGACACUAGAUCAGGCAGAAACACCAUCAAUCUUAGAAUGUGAAGAUGAUAAUGAAUCAAUAGUUGAACAAAUUAAUGCUAAUGAUAGUGUUAAAGAAACGGAAGAAGUAUCUUCUUUAGAACAAAACAUGAGUGCCAAUGAUUCGAUUAUACCCGAAACAUGUACAAAAGUUUAUUUAACUGAAAAAUCCUUAACAAAUAUAACAACUGCCUCUAUAACUAAAACUCUAACAAAAGAUCCGCUUUUAAGUGCUACGGCAAAAUUAAAGGAAAAGGAAUCUCGUGCUCUUACGCCUAUAGAUGCUGAAAUAAGCGGUAUUGAUUUAUUGGAUCAAACGGUGGAAUCAGUACAAGAUGAACAACCCUCAAUGUUAGACGAACCGUUAUUAGUUGAAGAGCCUUCAAUGUUUGAAGAACCUUUGGUAGUCAGUGAUGACGACGAUGAUACACUUAAUAAUGCCGAUGCAGAGCAAGUUUCUCAAGAUGAAGCUAAUGAUUUGUCCGAACCUUUAAUGCUCAGCGAUAGUGAAGAUCUAAAUCAAUCACAAGACAUUGAAACAAAUGAAGCAGAAUCGAAACAGAAACAGGAAUCCAACAUUGAAGAAAAUGUGCAAGAAAAAUCUAUGGUAGCACAAGUUUCUGAUGUGUCACUGACCGAAGAUCCUUUAGAAAAUAAAAAUAAAGAACAAGAAGCAUCUAUAGUAGUUGAGGAAGAUAAAUCUAUAAUUGAUAUAGAAGAUGACAGUCAAGAAAAAGAAUCAUUUAAAGUUGAGGAUGAGAUGCCAAAAGAUAUAAUUACUGAAAGCGAAACACUGGCGGAAGAAAGUUUGUUAUUUGAAGAAACGCCCAUGAAACCAAUGUUCUCUGAACCACAAAAAGAUAAUAAAAACGGUAAAGAAGUAAUAGAAACUGCUAAAAAUUUCGAAGAAGAAUUUGCGGAAGUAGUUGAUUCAACUGAAACCGAAAAUACAGAUAAAUUUGCUUGUGAAAGGAAAUCCGAUAUUGAAGUUAAAGAAAUUUCUAUAGAGGAAACAAAAGAUGAAUCUAAUGCAUCUGAAGAUAUUUUCUUAGACAACUCAGUUACUGAAAUCUGUGAAGAAACAAGUGAAGAGCAGAAUGAACCGAAGGAUUCUACAGAAACCAAUAAGGAAAGUCUAGAAGUUAAACAUGACACAUCAGCUAAAGAAGAAAACAAACAACAAUUGGAACAUGAGUGCCAGAAUAUCUUCAUGGAUAGUUCAAACAUCGAUGAGUCUUUUGCUGAUGAGGCUGUCAAUGAAGAAAAUGAUGUUGAAAAUGAAUCUGCCAUCGUUGAGGUUACUACUAAAGAAGUAAUUAAAGAACAUUCUAAGAAUAUUCCUGCUGAAGAAGAUAUGGCUGUUCUAGAAGCAACUAAUGAGCAGGAAAGUGUUCAAGAAAUCGAUAAAGUUGUGGAAAUAGAGACAAAUAAUAAGUUUGGAAAUUUGGAAGCAUCUACUGAAGACCAUAUUCAAAGUGUUGAAGAAACUGCAGAUGAGCAGCAACAUGUCAAGGAAAUUAAAUCUUUAACUGCCAAUAAAUUAGAAGAAGAAAGUUGUGAAAAGGAGAGCAAAGAGGCUGAAGUAACAGCAAAUAUUGUAGAAGAACCAUCUGCUAAAGUUACUGAAGAUCAACCCGAGUUGGCAAGUGAAACCUCUGUUGUACUAUCCGAAUCUUCAGAUGAAAAACAAGCCGAUGUUGUAAAAUCAGAUAUAGUUCAAUUAUUGCAGAGUUCUGAUACAGCUCAGGAUCAAGCAGAGUUAUCAACAGCAAUCGAAACCAAGUCAAGUGAAACUUCAGAAGUCCAACUAGAAGAUUUAGAUGAAAAAGAUGCUGAACUUGUAGAAUCAGACAGAGCUGAGGUAUUAGAGAGUUCUCAACGUGAUGAGAACUCUGCUGAAGAACAAGCAGAAUUAUCAGAACUUCCAACUACAAUUGAAAGCAAGUCAAGUGAAGCUUUAGCAAUCCAAACUGAAGAAGAAAAAGAAGCCAAAGUUCUAAAAUCAGAUUCAACUGAAAUUUUAGACAGUUCUCAAAUUGAGAAACAAGCUGAAUUAUCUGAAUUAUCAUCUGCCGGCGAAAAAGAAACUGAAGCAAUUGUCGAAAUUGGAAAACAUUUAGAAUUGUCAGAAUUACUUGAAACUACAUCAAAUGAAACAUCUGUAAUCCCACAAGAAUCUUUAGAAAGUUCUCGAAUUGAAGAUACUACUGAGAACAAUCUGUCCAAAUUAUCACCUCAAACUGAAAAUAAACUAAGUGAAACUGUAGAAGUACCUACAGAAAACAAUGCAGAAACUGAAUCAGUUUCUGAUGAAAAACAAAGUGAAACUGAAACAGCAGACAUUGUUCAGGAAAUUUCUGAAGAGAGCUGUCAACCAGAGGAUAUUUCUAAAGAACAAUCUGAGCUGAUAGAAAAACCAUCACAAAGCGAAAUUAAGCCAAGUGAAAUAUCUGAAAUCCAAUCUGUAUUAUUGCAUGACAAACAAGAUAAUAAACUAUGUGAAAUUGAAACGCCAGGUGAAAUUCUUGUUAUACAAUCUGAAUCUUCUGAUGAAAAUCAAGACGAAGUAGAAACAGCAGAUGUUAUUGAAAAUGUUUCUGAUAAAUUAGAAAGCCCUAAGCUAGAAGAUACUAUUGAAGAAAAUUCUAAAACACCAACAACCGAUAAUAAACCAUGCGAAAUAUCUGAAGUUGAAUUUGAACAAAUCGACGAUAAAGCAAGUGAAACUCUAGAAAUUAAACAAGAAUCUUCGGAUAAAACUACAAGUGAAAUUUCGGCAAAUUUGAAUGAACCUUCAGAAGAAAAAGUUAAACAAAGUAACGACGAUCAAUUAUCUAAAACUUCCGAAGAAAGCUCAAAAGAUAAUGAAGAACUAAAACAGACUGUUACUCCAUUAUUAACUGAAGUCAUUGAAGAGAAAUCCCAGGAAUCUUUUGAAGUUUCUCAGUCGAUAGUAGAUUUCCAAAAAGACAAAACAUUAGAAAAAACAGCUAAACUUGAGGAAUCUUCUAUUGAAUGUAAAGAUGCUGAUUCAUCAGAAAUCAUCGCCGAUAAACUAGUUUCAAAACCUAAAGAUGAAACUGAAACUAAUAUUCCAUCUGAUGUAGCUUUAAAUGAAUCUUCUAAAUCUAAACAUGAAGAAUUGUCAGAAGAAAUUAUUGAAUCCACGACAGAAACUAAAGAAAUCAAUUCAGUAAAGCCUGAGGAAUCACCUAAAGUUAGUGAAGUUAUUACCGAAGGUGAAGUAACCUCUGAACCUGUCAAAAUUUCUGAGAAUAAAGAAUCAUUAGAAUCUAAAGAAGAGAGUACAAUCAUUUCAGCAGAAAAACCUCAGCCAACUGAAGACGAAAUAGGCUCUUUAACAGAGGAAGAAGAUUCAACAAAAACUAGCGAAAAAGUUCUUAAAGAAACACAAAAUGAAUCUAAAAUAGAAAUUAAUAAAUCAGAAUUAACUGAGAAACUUACCGAAUCCACAUCUGAAGUAAAAGAUUCUCAACAAGAAUCUACGAAACCAUUAGAAAUUGUAAAAUCUUAUAAUUUUGAAAUAAAAAUAAACGAUAUGGAUCAUAAAACUGAAAAAGAAUCUGUUGAAGCUAAAUUGGAAAAACCAACAACCAGUACACGUUCUCAAGCUACAGAAAGUUCUUAUGCCGAUUUAGAGUUGUCCACUACUGGACGUACCAUGAACAUUACAAAAACGGAAGAGAACAUAACACAAAUUGAAAAAGAAACUCCAGUGACUGCUGAUGAGAUUAGUAAGGUAAACCUAGAUGUACAAAAAUCAGAAGAAGCCGCAGUGGAAUCGAAGGAAUCCCUCAAUCAAGUAAUCAUAAAAGUUUCAGAGGAAAUUGAAGUUAAGCAAUCGAAGGAAACCCCUAAACAAGCGACCAUAGAAGUCUCGGAUGAAACUAAUGUUAAAAAGGCCGAAGUUAGUUCAUCUAAAACUAAUCGUAGAAAACGUACAGUGUCGGAAAGCAAUCAAGAUUCUACACAAGAAGAAGAAAGUCACUCUAGAUCACGCAGAGAUAGACGUAAAAUCAUUAAAAAACUGACAGAAGAAACACUCCAAGAAGUUGAAGAAGAGCCACAAAUUUCCAAGUCGGCUGAAGUAAUGGAUGAAAAACCAAAACGCAAACGCACUACAUCUGAAUCAAGUCAAGGCUCCGUUAAAGAUGACGAAAGUCAUACACGUAGAGGUCGCCGUAAAGUACAAAAACCUCCUGUUGAAGAAACAGUCGUUGAGCAAAAAGAAGAAUGUGAAGAGCUUGUUGUAGAACAAAAAGAGGAAGAGAAACAUCAGCCAAAUUCAGGUGCUACUGAAGAACUUCCUGCUCAGUCUGCAGAAGCAAUUAUUGAUAAUAAAACUGAAGCUUCGUCAACGAAAGAAACACAACUAGAGAAAAUAACUUCUGAACAUCAAAAAGAAAUUGCAGUUGAAAUCAACAAUGAAGAACUCAUGGCCAAAUUUCCAAUGGAAAACGAGGCCCCGAGUGUUGAACUCCAGAAAACUGAUGAAAAUGAAAGUGAUAAAAUGGAUCAAGAUACACCAUCCGAAGAAACCAUUCCGCAUGUGGUAGAACAACCUGAAGAAACAGAGUCAUUUUCCAACAUCACAGAAGAAACUGUCGAAGAAAGUAAACCUACAAUUUCUGAAAAUAAAAUGGAUUCAGCAGCAAAUGACAGCAAUUUGAAGACCAUUGAACUACAUGAAACUCAAAACCAUGAUGUCAUAUCAAGCGAAGUCGCAGGCUUUUCAAAUGAUGUAUUCAAACAUAAGUUGUCAGAUGUUAUUGAAUUGCCUGAACCUGAAGAAGUUGCAGAAACUGUAGAAGAAAUGGUCAUCCCCGCUAAAGAACCUGAUGAGCAACCAAUUCACACACUUAAAGAGGUUGCUGAAACUGUACAAGACGUCGAAGAAAUGGCGGCAGGAGAACCUAAAGAGCAACCAAUUACCGAAACUAUACAAGAAGUUGAAAAAAUUGCUGUUGCUGUAGAAGAACCUAAAGAGCAACCAAUCAAACGGGGACGCCGAAAACCAACGGUAUCAGAAUCGAGUCAAGGUUCAGUACAUGAAGACGAUAAUUCACGUUCUAGAAAGACACGUCGUAAAGUACAAAAGACUCCCGUAGAAGAAGCUGUAGUAGAGGAGAUAAUGGACACAGAAGAAUUGGCAACAACUGUCAACUCUAUAAGUGACAUGAAAGAAACCAAGCAAGCAGAAGUCGUAUCAAAAUUAUCCGUUGAAAUAGAACCAGACGUUAGUAAAUUAAAGGACGAGCAAAGUGUUGAAGUUCAAUGUGUGACAUUAGAAGAUGUUAAAGAGCAAACGACUAAACGGGGUCGUCGCAAACCAACGGUAUCAGAAUCAAGUCAAGGUUCAGUUCAUGAAGAUGAUACAAAGCAUUCACGUAAAGGUCGCCGUAAAAUACAAAAGACUCCUGUUGAAGAGAUAGUGCCAGAGGAAAGUGAAGAACAAAUAACUAGCCAACUGGAAACAGCAACCUCAACUAAACAAGAAACGGAACAUGUUCUGGAUCAAUCAGAAAAUAUAGAGCAAUCAGCCGACUUUAACAAGGAAACUAAAGAAAACGUUAACGAAAACUUUGAAACCGAAUCUGCUACUAUUACUCUUUCAGAAUUUCCGACCUCAGAAAUUAAAGAACAUUCACAAGAAUUACUCGAAAUGGAAGUUGUCGUAGAAAAAACCCAAGAACCUGUUAUUAAAGAACAUUCACAAGAAUUACUCGAAAUGGAGGCUGUCGUAGAAGAACCCCAAGAACCUGUAAAACAAACUCAUGUUAAACAUGAUGAUACCAAGGAACAUGGUGUUAAAAGAGGUCGACGCAAACGUGAUUUACCCGAAAGUCUUUCCGAAGAACCAACUACCAGUCGCAAAGGUCGUCGUAAGGUUCAAGCUACAACUACAGAAGAAAUUUUGGUUGAAUCCACAUCGGAACACAAAAAUCUUUCGAACGAAGUUGAAGUGGUGACUGCAACCGAAACAACUAAAGUCGAAGAUGUUUCUGUUGUAGAUACUGUCAAAGUCGACCAGACUGUAAAAGAAAAUGCAAUUGAAAGUAACGAACAGCCUCGAGAGAAACUUAACGAAGAAAGUGAUAAAACAGAUAGACAAGUAGAAGCUCCUAAAAAACAAACUGUCAAACGUGGGGGAAGACGUAAAAUUGAUGCACCGGAAGUCUCAGCUGCAGAAGAUAAACCUAUUGAAUUAUUAGAGGAACAUGAAACAAAUGAAGUAGCUGAAAGCAAAUCUGUUAAAAUUCAUCUUGAAGAAACAGUGGCUUUGGAGAACAGUGAGCAUCUUCCAGAGAAACUAAAUGAAGAAAGUGUCAAGCCAGAGACACAAGUCGAUACUUCUACGAAACAAACUGCCAAACGUGGAGUACGACGUAAAGCAGAUGUGCAGGAUGUUCCAGUUGAAACUUCUACCAAAGUGGAGGAUUCUGUAACUGCCACCGCUGUAACAAAGAAUCAUGAGGAGGAAACAAAUGAAGAGUUAGUGAAACCCGAAGAAGUUGAACAAGUUGAACCCACCACUAAAAUUGCCAAACGUGGAGGUCGACGUAAAGUUGAAAUAGAGGAAGUUCCAGUCGAUACCAACGUAGAGAAACAUGUGGAAGAAACAAAUGAAGAGAUUAAGAAACCAGAAGAAUCUACACAUGUUGAAACGUCCACGAAAACAUCUCAUGCGACAAGACGCGGUGGUAGACAUAAAGCUGCAGCUUCCGAAAUCACUACUGAAGAUGUUUCUAAAUCACGCAGUGCAAGCCGAAACCGUAAAACUCCCGCAGAGCAUCCUACUUCUGAACCAGAACUACCAGCUGUGAGCGAAAAACAAACAGAAAUACCCACAGUUUCUCCUGACAUUUCAAAAGGACGCAGUGCAAGUAGAAACAGAAAAACACCUGUUGAACAUCCCAUUACUUCAGGCAACCAAGAAAAUCAAGCUGAAGUAUCCAAAGGCCGUACAACAAGUCGAAACCGAAAAACACCUGCAGAACAGCCAAUGGCUUCUAAUGAGCUAGAAGAACAAAUAGAAUCUGUAAAAGAUGUUAAAGAAAUUGCAGUAGUUGGUGGUGUUACUCAAGGCCACGUUGAUGAAAAUGUUGUGAUCAUAGACGAAAGUACUGAUGAAGAAAAUGAAAAGAAACAGGAAGAUACGUCCCUUAAGAAACGUGGAAAACGUACGCGUACUGCUUCUGAAACAAAUCAAGGCUUUAGUGAAAAGCCUACCAAGAGACGGGCCAGACAUCAAGUGACUGAAAUUAAUGAAAAUACUGAAGAGAAAAAACCAGAAACUGUUGAAGAAGUUCAAACUGAUAAGGACGUUGUAGAGAAACCACAAAAGUAUACACGAAGACGAGGUGCAGCAGCCUCACAACAAGUACAAGAGGAAGAAGAAGAACACCACUUAACUAAAUCUAGAAGAAAAGCUGCUGCUAGACAUUAUGAAAGUGAAGAACAUCAAUCUCAUACUGAACACACGGAAGAGCAAACAAAGUCAGCUGAAGAAACAACCUUGUCAGAAGUAAAGAUUACUGAAGUUACGCUUGAACCCGAGGAUCAGCACGCUGCUCCUCAAGAAGAAAAUCAAAAAGAUGUUAAAAUUCGAAAAGGCCGCAGAAAAGCUGCUGCUGAAAAUGAGGAGGAGCAUCAACAAGACGAAGAUGAGCAUGAAACAUUGGCGGCUGUAAAGAGAAAAGCUGUUGUUAAAGGUAUUGAACAUGAUCAUGAAGUGGAGAGUGCUUCAUCUAGCAAGAGGAAAGGAGUGGGAAAGAAAAAUCGCCAUUUAGAAGAACAUGUAGUUAAGGUAGAAGAUCCCGCUACUAAGAACCAACAGGAACACGAAAAACAUGAAGAUCAAAGUUCUGUCAUGGCUAUCGAAACGAGCGAGAACACAAGUACUCGACGUCAUGCGGGUAGAAAGAAACAUGAUCAUGAUGAUCCGACUGUAGAAAAACAUGACACUGAAGACGAAUCAAAACAAGUUGAAUGUGGUGAUACUUCAAAUAAACGACGUCAUAUCGUUAGGAAGAAAGCUGAUCAUGAUGAAGAAGUUUCCGAAAAACAUGACACAGAGGAGGAAUCAAUACAUAUUGAUAGUAGUGACACCUCACACAAACGUCGUCAUGUGGGUAGAAAGAAGCUUGAACAUGAAGCUGAACAUGGUGAUCAUGACACUGAAACUGAACAUCCACACGAGGAAACUAAGAAAGGCAGGACAAGAAGAAAGAAAGUUAACUAUACCGAAGAACCCGAUCAGCCCACAACUUCAUACUCGCCUGAAACAAAACACAGAGGUCGUAAGCGUAAAGAAUCGCAUACAGAUACUCAAGAAGUUGUCGCGAACGUAAAGGAGCACAUUGAGGAGAAAUCAACUAAGGAACCUGAAACAAAAGUUGUUAAUCCAAGUGGAGAACUUCAAACGCCACAACGUGCCGCUCCCAUUGCAAGAAGAGGUCGAAAGGCUUCUACUAUUGAGCACAUAACAGCAGAAUCACAAGAACUAGCUGAUGAUACACCGGGUAGAAGAGCACGUAAUGUACCACAGCGCAGAGCAGCUACGGCAUAUCACAAUUAUGAUGAAACUUCCGAUAGUGAAGUAACAACUAAAACAAAAAAGAAAACUGACUCACCACGCAAAUCCCUAGAAGUCACAAAAACAUCGCCCACGGCCACCAUUACAACAGCACCCAUUAUCGAUAACUCACCAUCGCCUUCAACGACAACAGCAACCACAACAGCAAGAGGUCGUACACGAAAACCAACCGCUAAAGUUCAACAAUUCCUAGAGGAAGAACGUGCCAAAGCGGAAACACCUAAAAAAAAAGGUUUGUUGUCGUCGGCAAUUGCAGAUGCAGCUACACCACAACGUACGCCUGCUAGACGUGGGCGUAAGGCUUCCACUAUUGAAACUGAAGUCGAAGGAACACCUCAAGCUAGCAAGAGUGGACGAGGAGGUAGAGGUAAACAAACAGCGGUUACACAAACUAAAGAGGAAACAGAAACCACUGCUGCAGUUAUAGAAGAAAAAGUAGUUGAGUUACACACUACACCACCACCAGCACAACCACCGGCUAAAGGACGCCGUGGAGGACGUAAAGCUAAAAUAACUGAAGAAGAACCAAAUGCUAAUAGCGAUGAACCACCAGCUAAGAAAUCUCCUUUGGAAUUGGAAAGCGAAAAACAUGAUUCUUCUCCUUUAGUUGAGGCGCCAACGCCACCCACACGCACUGCAGGCAAACGUAAUGCGGCAGCCGCAGCUAAAGCCAGAAUUGAAGAAGACGCUUUAGCGGCCGCUGCCAUUGAUCCACCUAAAAGAUCGAGGGCCAAAAAGGCUCCAGCAAAAGCAGCAACUCCCGUAGUGGCCACCCCUGAUACAGAUGCACACAGUUCUGAGUUGGAAGAAGAAAAAGGGGCUAAAAACAAAAAUUCUCCCCUAAAACGAGAACACAGAUUAACUUCUGCAUCUACGAUAGAAGGAGCUGAUGAUAUAGAAGAUGAUCAUGACAAAACGGAAACGUCCGAUAAACCAGUCAACAAAAGAGUACGUAAAGCGGCAACAGCCACUACAACGGAAACAACCGAAGUACCAGUAAAAAAAGGCCGCAAAGCUAAAGCGGUAGAGGAAGUAGCUGAUAACAGCGAUACAUCUGGUGCUGAGGUAAAAGCCAUACGUGGUAGAGGGAGAGGCCGUAAAAAUGUACAUUUUGAUGAACAGCAAGAGGCCGAAGCUAGUACUUCCACCCAACAACAACAACAACAACUAAUAACCAAUAUAGAGCCAACGUUAGUCGAAACACCAGAGCCGGUUAAAAGAGGAACGCGUACUCGACGCAAAUAAUUUUAAUAUUUCUCUUUUAACUUUCACACACACACACACACACUCGAACUCUUUCCAUUCAAGCGAAUUUUAGUUUUUUUUAGUUAUUUGUUCAGAAAUAUUUAUAAACUUGUCUUUUUUUCAACUUAUAUUUUUUAUUUUAAUAUUUGGAGCGUAACUUUUUUUGGUAGGAGUAUGUUUUUAUGUUGAAUUUUUUCUUUGUGUAUAACUUAUGAAAAACUCCACUUUAAAAGUAAAUUAGACUCCUGGAAAAACUAUAAAUUAUCAUUUAUGCGUUACUUUGUUGUUUAAUUGUUUUUUUUAAUAUUAUUAAAAUACACACUUUAUAUCAUUUCUUUUUUUAUUAUUAUUAGAGCAAAAAAUCUAUUUUUCAAAAAAAAAUGUUUAUCUUUUUUAAUGGAAAAACAAACAAUGUUUCUUUGUAAUAAUAUGAUAUAAUAUAAUUUAGCUUAUAACUUUUAUGUAACAACUUACAAACAGAAAAAUAUAUAUAGAAAUAUAAAUAAUAAAUGUAAAAAAAAACUAAAAAAAAUUAAUAAAAUCGAAAUUAAAAUU